UAUAUGCUAUAGACCCUAGUGUGUAUGUGGUAUAAAGGCUGGGACGAAUUUCGAAUUAUAAAUAUGUUAAACUUAAUGUUGAAAUUACGGAGAGUCGCGAUUCCCAUUGAAACGGAUUGCGCGGCGGUUAGCCUUGAAAACGAGUACUGGUAAAUCGUGAAAAAUGCGUUAAAAUGUUAGAGGACGACUCGGUUAUAUGCUAUAGACCAUAGUGUGUAUGUGGUAUGAAGGCUGGGACGAAUUUCGAAUUAUAAAUAUGUUAAAAUUAAUGUUGAAAUUACGGAGAGUCGCGAUUCCCAUUGAAACGCAUUGCGCGGCGAUUAGCAUUCCAACCUUUCAAACCAUCUGUUAUCUUUCCUGUAAGCAUCCAUGAACAUAAAAGUCACUUUAAGGGAGUAAACUGUAAUGCUCGUUUAAUGCAGUGCUCGUUUAAUGCUGUGUCGUGUCAUUUGUUGUCAUUGUAGAUGUCUUUUGCAAAUUUGAGGAUGACGCCGUCGCAUCAGUUGGUCCUGCAGGCCUCUGAUGCGGCGGCGGCCUUCACCGCCGCCAGGGCCAAGAAGCCGGAGGAGGUGGAGAAGGAGGCCCGAGCCCGCGUCGUCUCCGGGGGCGGUGACCCUGGGAACCCCAUGCUGGUGCUGGGCUGCCACAGCAUCCAGCUGGGGAAGUACCGGGGUCAGACCUUCCGAUGGCUCCUGGAGAACGACGCGGGCUACGCCUGCCACGUGGUCGCCAGUCACCAGCGGGAGCGGGAGACGAGUGCCUCGGACAGCCCGCUCAUGGCCAACAAGGACAGCCUCGCCCGCUACUCCUGCGCCCACCCCGCUUUUGCGGAGCACCUCAAGUUCCGCCGGGCGCAGGAGGAGGCCCGGGCUCGCGCCACUCUGCCCGGGCGGGGGGGCGAGGCGCUUGUUGGCAUCGGGCUGUUCAAGGAGGACACCCUGAAGGACCUGUACGACUCCAAGGAGGAGGAGCGUCAGACCUACGUCAAGUGGCUACGGCGGAAGACCCCGCAGCCUGGGAGCGCCAUGGACGUCGCUAUGAAGUACAUCUGGGGCCGAGACAAGGAGCUGUCGGCGGAGGCGGCUGCUACACCCCCUCCGCCCGCCAGCAGCAGCGGCCUCAGCACCACCACCAGGAAGGCCGCUGCUUCCACCGUGCUGCCGCCCCGCAAGCCGACCGCUCCCAAUUUCUCGGCCCUUGUGCGCGGGCGUCCGAUGGGCCCAGGGGAGCUGCAGGCCCGGAUCAGGAGACUGAUGAACCCACCAGCACGGCCUGCAGCUCCAGCGGUGUCUUCCGUCAGAGACCAGCGCCCCUCGGUUCCGCCGCCCCCCACCACAGAGGUGACGGACGAGGAGCUGGUCCGGACGGUCACUGACGGAGAAAUGGCUGGCGUACAGGUCCUUCAGGCCCUCCCGCUCCCGCUGGAGACGCCUCCGUCUCCACCUCCUCCGGCACCGUCCUCCACCCCUCCCCCACCACCACCACCACCACCACCACAGGUUGCGGCUGCUCCGCCGACGGUCGGACUUCCUGCUCGGGCUCCGGCGCAGACCAGGGUGGAGCCUCGUGGCGUCUCCGUGGAGGAGACGCCAUGCGGGGAGGCCACCCUGGCGCCGGAGCCCGAGAAGAAGAGGAGGAAGACGACGACGACGAAGGGCGACGUGGAGCAGCCGGCAACGCCCGCUCCUGCUCGGGCUGAGACCCGGUUGGCUGAGGGCUGGCGGACAGCCCUCACCGGGGAGGAGCAGGAGCUGAACAGUAGGACCCUCUCGCUGUGGUUCACCCGGACGCAGCGAGAGAAGGAGAGGGCUGUGUUGACUCCAGGCGUUGCAGCAGACGGAGGACGACCACCGGCGGCGGCCGCGGCGACAGCGCCGGGCCCGGCCUCGGCAGCGGCGGUGGAUCGUCCGGCGGCAGCAGCGACGGCGACGUCGGCGGUGCCUCAAGGCCGGGCGACGCCAGCGGCAGCGAGGGGGGCGGCGGUGGCCCCGGCAGCGGCCCCGGCUGUGGCAGCACCGGGGCCCGCUCUGCCGGCGCCCAGACGGCUACUGGCGCCUCGACAGCCCGCCCCCUCGGCUGCUUACCCGGCCUUCCUGCCGACUGCUGCUGCCGCAGCUGCAACUGGACCUUUAAGAGCAGCACAGCCUCUCCUUGUGGACCUCUUACUGCCCCGGCAGAGUGUGUGGGUGCUCCCCGUCCCCGUCCUGACGCUCCCUCGGACACUGCCGGCUCCACACGUCCUCCCUCCGCCGCUGGCCGCCGCACAGCACGCCGGCCCUGAGCUGCCGGUAGCCCUGCCCGCCGCGCAGCACGCCGGCCCUGAGCUGCCUGUACCCCUGCCCGCCGCACAGCACGCCGGCCCUGAGCUGCCUGUACCCCUGCCCGCAGCACAGCACGCCGGCCCUGAGCUGCCGGUAGCCCUCAAAACGGUAGAACGGAGGAGGCUGAACGCCAAGCGGCGGGCGGAGGCACAGCCGGGCACAACAUACUCCUCCCGGGCCGGCGUGCCACAGGUGCAUAAGUGCAGUAAAUGCGGCCAGCCGAGGCGGAGGGAGACCGGACACUCCCGCCACGGCAGAGAAUACUUCUGCUCCGUCGCGGCGGGUCAGAGUGUGGAGGACUGGCUGAGGGAGAAGAGGAGCGGGACCAGGGUGGAGCCCCGCACUGAUGCGCACUCUUGCCGGGGAUGGUGUUGUACAUAGUUCUCUUUUGUAUAUAGUUGUUUUUCUGUUGUGUAUAUAGUUAUUUUGCUGUGUUAGUGUAUAUAGUUGUUUGCUGUAUAUAGUUUUCAUUUUGCAGGGUUAGUGUGUAUAUAGUUCUUUGUUUUGUUGGAUAGCUUCUAAGUUAGUGCAUACA